CAUUAUAUUUGUACAUUUUCAAACAUUGUACUGUGUGAUUUUACAGCAUACGCAAAGCCUCUUUCAAUUUAAACAAAGACCUUUCAAAACAAGGAUUUAUCAAAUUUAAAUAUAUUAUUUUAAGUAUGGUCCGAACCAAAGCAGAUCGAGUACCUACAAAAGCUGUUGGUGCUAAAGCACCACACAAAGUUGCAAGUACAACAGGCGCAAAAAAAACAUCAGGAAAUGGCAAAGGAAAAAGUUAUUCUGGUGGAAAUCCUUAUCAUCCAAGAGAAACUCCAGAGUGGCAAAAACCAAUCACAAAUUUUAUGAAUCAAAAUGUUACUAAGGAACGUGAUGUCUCAUCAAAAAGUAAUGAAAAUGAGGAAAAUAAUACAAAUGAUACCUCCAUUGAGAUUGAUACUGAUCAAAAUUAAAGAAUUCAUUAUUGUUAUUAAAUAAUAUAGAAAAAAUUUUAUUACAUUUAAUUCAAAGAUAUUUCAGAUUUAAUUAAAACUUACAAUAUUUUUAGUCUUAGACAAAAAAUUGAUAAGGAUUUAAGUGAUCAAAAAACAAAAGAA